UGUAACGACACUAUUACUGUCCAGAUCAUCGCUCUCUGCGCCCUCGUGGCCGUCUCUCUCGCGACACCCGUCUACGACGACAGCCAGACCGUAGUCGUCAAGGAGACCCCGCUGGAUAACAUCGGCAUCGACGGCUACCAGUUCGGUUACGAGCUGUCGAACGGUGAGAGCCGCCAGGAGUCCGCCCAGGUGGCAAACCUCGGCACCGACCACGAGAGCAUCGCCGUCCAGGGUAGCUUCAGUUACGUCGACCCGGCCACCAAUGUCAGAUAUACCGUCAACUACAUCGCCGACGAGAACGGAUUCCAGCCGCAAGGCGCCCACCUGCCAGCUUAA